UUGCCACCAGGGGCUUUUCCAAAACAUCCCCAGUCCCUGUGGCAGGAGCCCCACAGGCCAUUGUGUCACACUUGGCCGCCAGGGGUUUUUCCCAGGUUUCUCCCCCGCAGGUGCCCUCAACACCAGACUGUGCCAUGGCGGGGGGAUGCUUCGGCCUGUGCCGGCUGCUCCGGAGGAACAGGAAGAACAGGAGAGGCCCUGGAGCUGGCCCAGCACAGGAGGCGGAGGAGGAGGUGCAGCACUUCCAGCCACUGCAGCAGGAUCCAGGCCGGGACCGCCCAGAAGAGCAGGACCGCGCCCGUGGCCGCUUGCGCAGGGCAGUUCAGAGGUUGCUGAAAUUCGUGGGAGUUCGGCGCAGAACAGCCACGACCGCACCGCCCGAGCUCCCGGCACAGCCUGACACCAGCGCAGCCGAGCUCGAGGUGGAGCCGGAUGUCAGCACUGCACCGAGGGACUGUGCAGCCAGCGGUGACAUGGCACCCAUGGAUGGCACAGCAACCUUGGACAUGGCAGCAACUGAUGGCACAGACACCACCACCAUGGCAGCCAUUGAUUGCGCAGCCACCUGUGACACGGCACCGGUUGAUGGCACAGACACCUCUGACCAGACACCGGUUAAUGGCACAGCAAACUCGGACAUGGCACCACUUGAGGGCACAGAAGCCACUGACACUGCACCUCUCGAGGCCACAGCCACCUCUGACACGGCACUGACGGAUGGCACAGCCACUUUUGACACGGCACUGACCGACACCGAGACAAGCUCUGACACGGCACCAACAGAUGUCGGGGCCAAGGCUGACGCCACGACUGAGAGCAUCGCAGACACCGACUGCCUGCCCAUGGACAGUGUCACUGAUGCUCCCAGUCUGGACAUUUUGGAGGAGAAAACUGUCUCCAAUGUGAAUGAAGUGCCAGCCAGUGUCAGAUCCAUCCACCAGUGGCUCACGUGCCGGGAGUCUCCAGAGGUCAGGCCGCCCAUUGCCAUCCGCAGGCUGGCCCACGCACACCCUGGGCACGUGGUGACGACUCUCCUGCACUGUGCCCCAAUGUGUGACAGAGCUGCUGCAAUCCUGUGGAGGACCAUCGCCUCCUCGGCCACCACAGCACACAAGGUGCUGCCAACGCUGCUCGGGGUGAUGGAGGACUGGCCACUGCACAGCGUGUCCACCUCCAGCGGGGACCACAUGGACGUCUUUGCCCUGGCUGCAACCCUGGCCCUGUGGCUGAUGGUCCAGGAGCCCCAGUGCCAAGAUGCACUGUUUGAUUAUGCCCCUUGUCUCCUCCUGGCUCUGCUCUGCCAAGUUUCUAUGAGCACUGAGCAGAUGCCACAGGAGGUCAGCACCUUCUGGAGGGGAUGCCAGGAGCUACACGGCCUUCCCACCCACCCCAACAGCUUUGUGGUGCAGACCAUCCGGGCCCUGCUCUGCCGGCUGCAGUGGGACCAGGAGCUGGUGUCAGUGGAGCGCAAGCGUGGCUGGGACGCGCUCCUCUCUGCUGACACCCACCACUACGCGGUGGGGCUGCUGGCCAGGGAGAUGCGCCACGUGUUGGUCCCCUCCUAUGGCCCGCUGGCAAGGCACCUGCUGGGGCUGCUCAGCAGGGAGGGGCCCCGCUGGGAGCUGCCUGCCCUGGCCUUCCUUGUCGAGGUCCUCAACUAUUUGGACGUGAGCGCAGGUGAUGACAGUGUCCUGCAGAUCCUGGCAAGGCACCUGCAGAGCCAGUGCCCAGAGAGGCGGCGCCUGGCUCUGCGAGGGCUCCUGGUGCUCAGCGGGGAUCCCUCCAUGGCCAAAAGCAUCUGCAGCCUGUCUGAGCCCCUCCUGGAGCUGCUGCGUGAUGGAGAUGGAGAGCUGGUCAGGAUGACCCUCUCCCUGUUCCUGAAUGUGCUCCAGGAUGAGGAAGACAGGAAGGGACUCAGCUCCACUGCCCCGGGGCUGGCUGAGGCGCUCCGGCCAGUCUUUGACAACGACAACAGCCACGUGCAGCUGCUCUCCAUUCGCCUCUUCCGAGAGGUGAUGGAGGUGCUGGCGGAAGAGGGAACAGAGCCCUGGGAGAUGCAGGUGCGCCAGAGCCUGGUCCCACUGUUCUUCCGCUGGCACGACGAGAACCAGCGCGUGGCAGAGGCCGCUCGGGAAGCACUGCUCUGGGCUACAAGCUUCCUCCAGAGGAAGGACCUGGAGCAGCUGCUGGAGACAGAGCAGCCCUUCAGAUUCUGUGACUGCCUGAUGGAGAAGGACAGGAGCCGAAGGGGCGAGCACCUGCAGCAGGCCCUGCCCUACCUGCAGAGCCCACAGGAGCCCCUGCGAGAGGCGGCCGUCAGGUUCAUGGGGGUCGCCGGCUGGCACAUGAGGGAGUGGCAGCAAGACCUGUGGCCCAUCCUCAAGGGCCUUACAGCCAUGAGCGAGGACGACUGCCCCUCUGUCUCCAACAUGAGAGCUGCACUCGUGGACACUUACAGCCGGGCCAUGAGAACUCCACCUGCUCCGCUGAGACGACCAAUGUCCCUGCAACAGCCCCCCACCACAGCCCAGGGACCACUUCUCAGCGCGGCUGCAGCUCCAGCUGAUGUUGGACCCAACUGAGCCAGCCCGCAAGGCCAGGCAGCUCCUGGCCUCUGCAGCCUCAGGGACGGCUCCCUCCUUCCAUUCCCUUCUCCUGACCCCACUUCAUCCUUCCCCUUCCCCUGAUGUUAAUAAACCCUGGCUUUCUCCCCUUA